UCUCGCCGUCCUCCAUUUUGCAGCAGUUGUGCAAACCUGCUGCUUUCAUUGGUGGUGCAGCAUCAGUGCAUAAAGUUCUAAAACGGGAUUACCGAAAAGCUGAGGAGGUAUUUUUCACGCACGGAACGAUGGCGGACCCAUCAGCAGACCUGGAGGUUCCGGAGGGCGCCGAGGUUCGCAAACUGUCCGAGCUGAGAGUCAUCGAUCUGAAGGCCGAGCUGAAGAAGCGAAACCUGGACACCACGGGCGUGAAGAGUGUGCUGUCGGAGCGGCUGAAAAAGGCAAUCGAGGACGAGGGUGGAAAUCCAGACGAGAUCAUCGUCGCCCCGGAGUCUGCUCCCAAGAAAGCUAACGUUACACCGAAGAGGGCUGCCAAAGAUACCAGGCCUGACAAUGAUGAACCAGAGGACAGCACUGUUGAAGAAGAUUCCCAUGACGGACAUCAGGAUCUCCAGGACGAUUACGAGAACAUGCAGGAGAUGGACAUCCUCGACAUGAAUGUUCUGGACGAGACGGAGAACGACAACGGAAUACCAGCUGAGGACGACGCAGACUUUUACAGAGAGGAAGACGCGAUGCUGAACGAUGACAAUGACUUCAGGACGUUUGAGUCAGAAGAUGAAGCGAGAGGUCCAGAGAUAGAUGAUGCCGUGCUGUUGGACAAGGACGAAGAAAUGACGUAUUCGUCCAUCAAUAUGGCUCAAGAUCCAGAUCCAGACGCGGACGAUGUGAAAGAAGCAACAGAAAAUGACAAAGUAGCCGGGUCUUGUUUAUCUGAGCCGCUUAACGAAGAUCGCCACCAGAGCGACGGGACGAGCCCCGAAGAAGAGGAUGCCGCCACCGCCGGAGGGGAAGACAGUGUGUCCAUCAAGCCCGCCUCCGGAGAUGUGGAGGGCGACAAGGAUGUUGUGGAGGCUGACGCCAAAGAGGUUGGGGACGCACAGAAAGUCCCAGAAGAGACAUUUGACGCUGAAAACAAAAGCUCGCAGGCUGUUAGUGUAAGCGAACAGGGCGGCGUGGGUGAAACUGUUGAUUCAGAAAUGGGGGCUAAGGAGGGUGAGGAGGAUGAGAAGACAGAAGAGAAAGCUGCUGAGGAUCCGACACUGAAAGAGUCCUCUUCUGUAGAGGGCGAUGAUCAGAAAAAGAGCUCUGAGGAGAAAGAUGCCAAAGCCGAGCCAAAAGAUGAAAAGGCCGCUGGAAGUGGUGCUGCAGCGAGCAGUAGCAGGAAUCUGUGGGUCAGUGGUCUCUCCUCCACGACCAGAGCGACUGAUCUGAAGACGCUGUUCAGCAAAUAUGGCAAGGUUGUUGGCGCCAAGGUGGUGACCAACGCCAAGAGCCCUGGAGCUCGCUGCUACGGCUUCGUCACCAUGUCGUCCACAGAGGAGGCCACCAAGUGCAUCAGCCACCUUCACAGGACCGAGCUGCAUGGCCGGAUGAUCUCUGUGGAGCGGGCUAAAAAUGAGCCCGCAGGAAAGAAGCCAGCAGAUAAGAACGACACCAAGAAGUCUGGCGGCGACAGGAGACACUCCUCUGACUCCAAGUCUGAUGGAAAGGAUGAGAAGUCUGAGGGAGAAGGAAAAGAUGGGAAAGGGCGGAAUGAGAGGACUGUGGUUAUGGACAAGUCCAAGGGAGAACCAGUCAUCAGCGUGAAAACAAAAAGCAAAGAACGGAGCACAAAGAGUCGAGACCGCAAAUCUUCCAGCAAGGAGAGGAAAGACAUCCUAUCGUUUGACCAGAUCAAGGAGCAGAGGGAGAGGGAGAGGCAGAGGCAGCGAGAGAGGGAGAUCAGAGAGGUGGAGAGACGCAGAUACACCGGCGGCCGCGAUCGGGACAACCGCCCAGACCGCGAGCGCGAACGAAUCCGGCUUUUCCGUGAGAGCGAAGAGAGGAAGCACUUGUUACGAAAGAGACACUGGCUGGAGGAGUCCGCCGGUGGUCAUGACGAACGAUUUCAUUCGCAGACUGAGAAGCAGCGCCUCGACGCAGACCGCAUGGAGCGCCAGUUCCUGGAGCGUGAACGGCUACGUAUAGAGUACGAGAGGCGGCGCGAGCAGGAGAGGAUCCUCAGGGAGCGCGAUGAGCUCAGACGGCAGCAGGAGCAGCUGCGCUACGAACAGGAGCGACGGCCCAUAAAGAGGCCUUACGACAUGGACGGCAGGAAAGACGACUGGCCCGACAAGCGCAUGGGCAUGGAUGACCGGUACGGCCGUUCAGACUUCAAUCGCCAAGAACGUUAUCAGGACUUCGAUCACAGAGACCGGGGCCGUUACCAGGACGACAUGAUGAUGGACAGGCGGGACAACACUCGUAGUAUGGGCGGCGACAGAGACGGUCAGCACUUCUCAGACAGACACGGCAGAGAAGGCCGGGACUCCUGGGGAGGCUACGACAAGCGAAUGAAUCCCAGGGAAGGAGGUCGUGACUGGGACUCGGGCCGUAAGAUGGAUGGAGACAGGGCGUGGCAGAGUCGAGACGGCGCCAUUCCGGGCCAGAGCCACAUGACGCGUGGAGGAGGGAUAGCCGGCAGCCGCGGCGGCUACAUGAACACGGGAACAUCUCAGUCGCUCUCCGGAGCUCUGAACAGACAGAACCAGCUGAUGCAGGGCGGCGGGCUGCAGAGCGGAGCCUUCGGUCGACGCUACUGAUCUCCUCUUUUUGUACUUUUUUUUUAAUUAGGAUUUUUUUUUUGUUUUUGCCACGUUUCCCAUCCAUUUCUGAUGUAAACAUUGUUUUUUUUUUUUGUCCUACCUUGUUUGUAAAACACAACCGUCUUGUAUAUGCGAGUUGGCCCUUGUGUCGGAGAGUAUGCUGUGUGUAAUAAUAAUAAUAAUAAAUUCAGAUGUUUAUUAGACACUUGGGUUGAGGAGUUCCACCUCAUCCGUCUCCUUCCUGUAUCUCAGUCGGUUAGUUUUUUCGUAGCGUUCUGAGCCUCUUUUCAUCAUUCUUUCAUCAAGGCUCCUUGUUCACGACGUUCUUUUUAAAACACAUGCUUCAGUUUUGCUGCAGGUGGAAAAUAAAAAAGGUUUUUUAAAUUAAAUGUCACCUUUUUGAUGAUCCGUGCUUGUUAGGUUUCUUUUUUUAAACGAAAAUUUCAAGCCAGAUUUGUGAUAAACUCUAAAAGUCGAUGUGUGAUACCUGAAAUGUGUUUUUAGUUUUGUGCAUAAAAAUGUUCUGUUUAUUCAGUUGAAAGUGUUAUUUUUCUUUUCUCUCCGUUAUUUUAUGCUCAGCACAGCGACGGGACAGCCGGUGUCUUGUACAUUCACAGGGUGGAACUACAAUAAAGGAUUUUUCAUCAUUUUGCAGUGGUGCUACUAAAACGAA